AUAAUCUUAUGAGGGCCAAUGUGUCUGACUUCAGCAGAUCAACAUGCGUAGUUUUUAAUGUAGAUCUCGUAAACCUUUAACUGAGCCCGGUGCUAUUAAAGAUAAUUUUGUAGUCGCAAACGUCUGUUGAAUAUAUCAAGAAAUCAAUCAGUUAUUUCUUAAUAUCGCGAGUUUCAUGAGAAAAAAAAUCUCUCCGAGUUCCUACUGACAACUGUGCCAUUGCUCCGUACUUCCGUCUUCCCUCUGGCAUCACCUAUAAUAAUGGUCAGUGCCUGAGGGGUCGCGGGUCUUUACAACAUGACAGUCGUAGAAAGUGAAAGUUCUCCCUCUCUUCCUUAUUGGCAACCCAGAAGGCAGUCGGUGCUCUCGCAACUCUACACUCACCUGCUGCACUCUGCACUUCCUUCAAAAUAUUCCUCGACCGAAGACCACAGUUUGUCAUCUUCCGAUGAAGCAAGCGAAGAAAUGCUAUUAGCCCGCAGUCAUCGUUUGAAGAGCUUGCCUGAGAUCGAGGACCAGAGUUCAAAAAACACUUAUGACAGUUCAGUCAUACGAGAACCUAGAGUCCUGGACUGGAAAGUUGCACAAAAUCACGAAGAAAGAAUUAUAAUGAAUGACGCAAGAACAAGACGAAAUCUUGAGCUUCAUCCUGAGCCCCUGCAAAAUCAGCUGUUGCUGUGCAGUAACAUCGAAUUUAUCCCAAGACUAAGCUUGAAACCCAAGUAUUCCUGCAACCUCCUGAAAACUAAAUAUAUUAGUUUAGUUAUUUCGUGUUUUACAUUACUUUUAGCGAACUGUUGUCUUGCUGAGCCCUCCGCUCAGUUCAGUUUUCCGGACGAUAUUUUUUCUGGCUCACGACGUUUCCCUCCGAGCCCGCGCGCAAUCCCAGACGCUGUCCAUCACAGUCAAGGUUUUGAACCCGAGUUCACGAAUACCAAAGAACAGCAUGAAACUUUUAUUGUUGAGCCUUAUGACUCAGGCGAAAUUUUCCUUUCCCCAUACUCCCCCAUUUCAUCCUCAACGCCCCGCGACCAUCGGAGAAAACCUUUGCAGAGCGUCAAUCAAUUCCACUACGACGACAUUACCCGCAAGCCUGUCUGGAACUCCUCGCGGCCGAGCCUGCAUUCGUCUGCUGCAUCCAUCUGGCCUUCAACCCGUCCGUCUUCUUCGGGCGAAAAAAUUCGCUUCCCGUCCGACACGGACCGGCCCUACCGCUACAGCCGCGCACGCCUGCCGCCGGAACUCGCUGCCCUCGACGACUUCGAACUUGACGCUUUCUUCGAUGCCAUCCACCGCAACAGCUCGAGAUAUGCACGGCGCCCCGCUGAUAACUUCGCUGAUGCCAUACCACAAAGUUGCUGGUACAAGAGCAACAAAUACAAUUGUGGGCUGUCGGUGGGCUGUGUGUUCCAAGGGGCGCGCCCCAUGGACCUCUGUAACGGCGGCAUGAUCUGGUCCUGCUGCGUGCCCAGGGACAGGGUGGACGCCAUCGAAACGGACUUGGGGGUCGUCGAGGACGUCAGUGAGGCUUUUGUACAGCAAAAUUUCUUCGACCCUCACGACAACACCAUCGCUGGGAUCGAUGAUGGUCCCUCUGGGGGAGACUUCUACGACCCCCACCGCCCCCUGCACGGGGGACAACGCCCCAACAACAAGCGCCCCAUCAGCUUCCUGCGUCCCGCCAAAGGAACGAACAGACCGGCGACGUCGAGCUUCGGGAUCGAUCGGCCGAACUCUGGCCCGCACGAUAAGCCCAUCGUCAUCUUCACCGACGACGAUGACCGGAAGCCCUUGACGAGGCCGACCCGUAAGCCUGACGAAGACUUCCCCUCGCUCUUCAACGAGCGCCCAUUCACUUUUGAACGGCCCGACCACCACCCGCCCUCCUUCCAUGCCGACACCACUCGGCCCUUCUUCCAGGACCGGCCACCGCUGCCCGGUCCCGACGACGGCCAUGAUUUCGUGUUCGAAGACUCGAGGCCCCAAAAAUUUCCCUCCAAGAGGCCCAGUAAACCUUCCUCCACCCCCUUCAGGCCUGGGCCCGUGACCACCCCCACCCGCCAACACCCCAACCGCCCCACGCUCGACGACCUUCCCAGCGACAGGGAGUGCGGCGAGGUGUACGCGCGCACUAAGCGCAUCGUGGGCGGCGCUGAGACGGCGUUCGGCGAGCAGCCGUGGCACGCGGCCAUCAUCAAGGAGAGCUUCUUGUCCAAGCGCAUAGCCUGCGGCGGCGCCCUCAUCAGCAAGCGCUGGGUCGUCACCGCCGCCCACUGCGUCCACAGCACCCCCAUCGAGGGCAUGAAGGUGCGGCUCGGCGAGUGGAACGUCCGCCAACAGAACGAGCGCCUCCCGCACGACGACUACGACGUCGAACGCAAAGAG